ACUACUCCCUUUCCUCCUCCCUCCAGGAGCACGUCCAGACACAAAUAGAGACUCAGUCAGUCGUGUCUGGAUAACUCAGAGGAGCUGCUCCAACUCUGAAGACUAUUGUUUUGGAACAUGUAAUGCAGAAAACAUUUUAUUGCAGGAUUUCAACUACAGUAAGCUGUCCUAGCAUUGAUUGACAGUGCUCUGUCUGGACUGCAGAGGUGUCUGCUGAAGAACUUAGCGAAGUGAAAGGGACGUUCAUCCUGCGAGCUCCAUUUAUGUGAAUGUACUUUUUCUGUGAUUGAAACUUCAGGAAGGUAUUUUAAACUCUGUGGUCUUUUUGACACUUCCUGUUGAUUCUAUCUACGACUCAAGGAGGUCUUUGCCCGUCUCUGUUCAGGCAUGACGGGUCAGGAGAGGAGUGAGGAGAAGAGUGAGUGUGUGUCCCUGUCUCCGAUGAUGGAGGCUGUCCCUGCCCCACCUGAGAGUGAGAGGGUGUGUGUGUUUGGGACGGGGGACCUGGGGCGCUCUCUGGGCCUGCGUCUGCUGCAGGCGGGGUACGGUGUGGUGUUCGGCAGCCGACGGCCCCACAGCAGCAGCAGCCUCCUACCCCACGGAGCACAGGUCCUGGGUCAUGCUGCAGCUGCUCAGUCAGCCCAUCUGAUCUUCAUCGCUGUCCAGAGAGAACACUACGACUUCCUGGUACCACUGGCCAAUCAGCUGAAGGGAAAGGUGUUGGUGGACCUCAGUAACAACCUGAAGAAGAAUCAGUACCCAGAGGCCAACGCAGAGUACCUGCAAAGUCUGGUUCCUGGAGCUGAGGUGGUUAAAGGCUUCAACACCCUGUCUGCCUGGAGUCUGCAGAAUGGACCUUCAGAUGCCAACAGACAGGUGUAUAUCUGCGGGGAAAGUGUGGAGGCCAAGCAGGCGGUGAUAGCGGUAGCCAUCAAGCUGGGUUUCAGUGCCCUGGACCGGGGAUUUCUCUCAGUGGCCCGGGAGCUGGAGGACUUCCCCCUACAGCUGUUCCCCCAGUGGAGGCUCCCCCUGCGCAUCGCCAUUGGCCUCAGUGCUGCCUUCUUCUUCUACCUGCUGAUCAGAGACAUCAUCUAUGCAUACGUCACCCAGAGCAAAGACAUCUCCUUCAGAAUCAUGGUCUCACUGGCCAACAAGGUGUGUCCCAUCGUGUCUCUGAUCAUGCUGUCUCUCUGUUACCUGCCUGGUGUCCUGGCUUCCUUCCUGCAGCUCUACAGAGGCACCAAGUACAGGCGCUUCCCUGAUUGGCUGGACCGCUGGAUGCUGUGCAGGAAACAGCUGGGUCUUCUGGCACUGGGGUUCGCCUUUCUGCACGUGCUCUAUACACUGAUCAUACCCAUACGGUACUAUGUGUGGUUCAAGGCCACUGAACGCACUGUCUCUAUGAUCAGAGAGAACAGGACCACUCAGUUUGAUAUGACGACGGCCUGGCGUGGUGACUCCUACUUAUCCCUGGGAAUUCUGGGAUUUGGCCUGUACGUCCUGUUAGGAAUCACAUCUCUUCCCUCUGUCAGUAACGCUCUCAGCUGGAGGGAGUUCAGCUUCAUACAGUCCAAGCUGGGUCACCUGACUCUGCUGUUGUGUACGGCGCACACCUACCUGUACGGCUGGAACAGAUUCCUGAGUUCCUCCACCUACAAGUGGUACACCCCACCGGGCUACAUGCUGUGUCUGGUGCUUCCCUCUGUGGUGCUGCUACUCAAGCUGCUGCUCAUAACCCCCUGUGUGGACCGAACAAUCACCCGCAUACGACAGGGCUGGGAGAGGGGGGCAGAUCAGAGGAACCCUAAAGACAGCCAACCACUGAUACCUUAGACGACACACACA